AUGGACGUGGUGCAAGUCGCCAAUGAGGAGGUGCAGCCGGCGCCGACCCUGGAGCUAAACCUCCUCGGCGCUGUCGGUGCUGAGGCGAACGCCGUGGCGGAGGCGGAGAAGGGAAAGGCCAAGUCGAGUGAGGCCACUGAGGCGGCCGGGCCUUCGUCGGUGGUGGCAGUCGCCGGCGGCGAGAAACGCCGCGUGUUCAAGUGCAACUACUGCCCGCGCAAGUUCUACACGUCGCAGGCGCUGGGCGGCCACCAGAACGCUCACAAGCGCGAGCGCUCCGUCGCCAAGGGCGUCGCUGCGGGGCGGGGCGCCGGCCCUGGCGGCCCACUCGUGCCGCACCACCUUCGCUUCCCCAACGCCUGGCCCUAUUCCGCCACCGGCAGGUCGUUCCUCGGCGUCGCGGCGCCGUUCUACGGGAUGCACAUGCACCCCAACCUCCCCGGGUGGGGCCCGGCGGCCCAGCCGUCCCUCGCCGGGCUCACCCGUCACGCCGGCACCGGCCGCCCGAUGUACCCGCGGGCGGAGGCCUACAGCUAUGGCGCGUCGCCCAGGGCCCUCAUCCCGGCGGCCUCCCCUCGCACGACGUCGAUGACCGCGAUCCAGUGGGGUGGUGGCAGUGGCAGUGGCAGUGGCAACGGCGGCGAUCAUAGUGAAGCGAAGCAAGAAGAGGAGGAGAUCGCCAACACGGUAGACUUGACUCUCAGGCUCUAA